AUGUGUCUUAUUUCGGCUGGAAAUGAGAACGGGCCAUUUGAGUUCACAUUCAAAUGGGCAUGGGUGUCAUUUUCGGAUCAUAACUACUUCGUCAAUGAAACCCAUCGACACGUCGAAGUCCUUGUUGACAGGAAAGGAUAUUUGGGAGAACAAUCGAGCAUUGGAAUAUCUGUGCAGCCCUUGACAGCGGUUCGAGGAAAGGAUUUUGAAUUGGUGCCACUUGGAAUUGAGACAGGAUUAGUCGAAUUUGCCCCAGGGCAACGACGAGGAGUUUACAGAAUCAAAAUUCUGGAUGAUCCGAAUUUCGAGCGCCCGGAAACGUUUGCGCUUUCUUUGGUCGAACCGAAAAACGCUGCUGUUGUCAACUCGGAACUCAAGUCAGCAAUUGUACAAAUCGAAGAUCCCGAAGAUGAGCCGACGGUAUUCAUUGCGACAAGAUCCUACUCCGUCGAGGAGAAAUCCGGCAGCGUGAAAAUCGUCGUUCAUCGGAAAGGCGACAUUUCGAAUGAAAUGUCCGUUGAUUGUUUGACUCGAGAUGGAACUGCUGUUGGCGGGGAUGCGAAAGCGACAGCGCCGGUCGAUUUCGUGUGGCGCAAAAUCGAGCGUUCCUCGGCUUCCGCUUACCGCUUGAAUUUCAAACCGGAACAGGAAACUGCUCACUGCAUCAUCGACAUAAUCAACGAUGUCAAGUAUGAGGAAGAUGAGCAAUUCGGCGUUUAUUUGUCGAACGCACGCGGCGGUCGAAUCGCCGAACACGAAACUUCCGUCACGAUUCUUGCGGAUGCUGCCGACGUUCCUCUGUUUUACUUCGGGAACGAGGAAUACCGAGUCGGGGACUCGGAAAAGUUCGUGAAUGUGACGGUGUGGCGAACUGGUCCUGAUUUAUCGCAGGAUUCCCGAGUGACUUUGAGACUGACUUCUGUGAAGCAUGUGCCGGAUCGAGACGGGACUUCCGUGGCUUACAGUUCGGGAAAUAUGGUCGGGUUCGAGGUCAAGUCGUUGACAGUGAAUGAGAACUCAGGUGUGGUGUCGGUUCCGGUGAAGCGCUGGGGAGAUUUGAGUUAUCCGGUGACCCUUGCUUGCCACACCAGGUCACGUUCAGCAAGCGCUGGGUCAGAUUUUGUCGAACGACGCGCGAACUCUGAAGACUCCGUGAUCGAAUUCAAAUCUGAACCCAUGAUUCAAUUUGCGAGUGAUAAACUAAGGAUUGCGGAGCCGAAGACAGCUAUUAAAUCGCCGGGAAGACUAGCUGUUGAACUUGUUCGAACUGGAGACGUUUCAUCGUCUUCAGUGAUCCACAUUUAUUCCAAAGAUGGAUCAGCAAAAGCUGGAAAGGACUUUGAAGCCGUUAGCAAAGAUGUGAGAUUUGCCGUGGGAUCAACGUCAGUUGAAAUCGAAGUGAAGGUAUUUUUUGACAAUGUGAAAGAAGACACCGAGACAUUCUUCCUACUGCUCAGACCAGUCGGGAACAAGGCCAACGGUGUUGUCAAAUCCAACAGGAGGAAAACUACAGUUCAAAUUUUGGACGGUGGUUUGAGUGAAUUGGUUGCUUUUCCUGCUCCUCCAAUUGUGGCAUCUUUGCGAGACCUGGACUUUGCAGCAGUUGCUCAAAUUGAGCCCAUGAAUGGUUAUCCUUUGGUCUGCAUUUCGUCGUGUCAUCGAAAACAUCCGGAUUUUGCCAAUGGGACAGAAAAGAUUUGCAACAAGGAAGGGAUUGACGAUUCAAUGACAAGAUUCCGGUGGAAGAUCAGUGGGUCAACGAGUGAAGAAUUGCUAGAUUUGAAUGACGAUACCAUCUUCACAAGGGUUGAUAGAAUUACGUUGGACAGCAUUUACUUGACGCCAGGUGGUCGGGUCCAGUGUUUGACAACUGCAGUGGCAAUAGAUGGGAAAAAGGGGAUCGAAACGGCUUCAAACAUUGUCCGGAUUUCAAAAACUCGGGGCUUGUGUCCUCGCAAACACGACGCUUUCGGUUCCGAACCUUUCUUGUCGAAAAUCCGCUACUCGGACGACCCUUCGCACCCAGAUUUAGUGGAAUUCGACGUUAUUGUCCCUCAUGCCGACGGAUUGCUGCCGGUUUUCUCCACAAGACCAAUUUUGAAGCCGCUCCAAAUAACUCUAAGUCCUCUGAGCACAGUUCGUACAUCUGAGCAUUUUUGCUCGAAUCUGCUGCUUCCUGAAGAGCAACCGACGAGGUUUGGUUUCAACAUGAAAACGACAUUCAGUCGCGGAGACAAUUUCCGGGAAAUCGGAGAAGUCGAACCUUAUCAAUUGGACGCCUCUCUUCGGGGAAAAGAAGCCGUGGUUUUAUACAGUCAUUUGGACUUGGAUUCGUGUUCAUGGAUGUUCCGAAGCUUCUUCAACAUGUCUGACUUGAUGUCCAAAUGCGGUGGCAUGAUCUCGACGGAAAAUCAGGUUUUGAAUUUGGUCCAGUCUUUUGUGAGUGUGACUCACGGGAACAUGUACUCGAUGCAACGGUUGACAUUCAUGUACAACACAGCUGUCUUGUCGGAUGAAAGCGUCGCUGCAGUUUCGUCUCGGAAAUCAUCUGGGAAAUUGCAUCCUCAAAGCAUGCGUCUGCUUCCUGAUGGCAGACUUGAAGUGAAAUUUAAGACAAAACCCUUCUUCAGAGGGUUUUAUCUACUUCAAAACAACGAAGGAGACAAAUCGUACGUGAUAUCGAAAGAUCAUCCUCAUUUGCAAUUCGAUAUUAAGCUGCUGAAGACCGAGGACACCAUUGAAAAACCUCAGCAGGAGUGGAUUUUCAUUUCGGACUACGCUGUUGGCGAUUACUCGGGAACAUAUUCCAUCAACAUGAUUCCAUGCCUGAUGUCACCGUCGACACCAUAUGCAUCCACUUCUUCCAGUUCGGAAAUAGGGGACUCGAAAGAUUCCGGACGAGCCCCGAUGUCAUCAAUGCGUUUGCCACCGGAAGCGAGUUGCACUGCGCAAAAAAUGUCGGGUUUCACACUCAAGAUCCGUUUCCAGCAGCUGUCUGAUCCCGUGCCUUCCAAAUUCUCGCUUAACACGCAAUUCUUGCUGCUGAAGAAGAAAAUUUCAGUGGCUGCGUCAGCGUCUAGAAUUCACACGGACAACAGUGCUGGAAUUUUGGCAGAAUUUUCUUCGGACUCGGAGGAAGCUUUCGUGCCUGAGGACUACAUUCAUGGGGUGCUAAGGAUGAAUCCACUGGAGAAUUGGGGUGGACAUUUUGGUCUCAGAAUUGAAAAGUGUUUCCUAUGUGCGGGUGACAACAGUCAUGUGCCGAAGUUUAAUCCGAACCUGGAGGAAUAUGGAUGCAUUUUACCAAGCCCAAGAUUGAAGCAUCACUUCAAAAUUCUCGCUGCGUAUGGAACUCAGUGGUUUGUCCACUGUCUGUACACGAUUCGAUCUACUUCAGACAAACCCCCGGUUUCCCCCCAAUCUAUCAACAGAGACAAACGUUCUGCAAAUUCGGAUUUUCCAGAAGAAGACAGUGACAUAUAUGACUAUCAUCACGCUGUUUUCGAUCCUCUUCACAACGAGGAUCUGUCGAGAGUGCGACGAUCUCUGGAGCACACGAGACACGCCGAAUCAUCUGAUCGUCGGGACUCGAAUAAGCAAACCAGGCGACGGAAAAACAAGACGAAAUUCAGGGACAAAUCAUCUGUUUCAGCAUCA